AUUACUUAUCUAAGAUGCUCAGGAAACAAUAAGGCUGAAACUGUAUUACACGCUUUUACAGAAGCAUGCAAUACUUAUGUAACUCCUAGUCGUGUUCGAGCAGAUAGAGGAGGAGAAAACAUUCGAGUUCAACGUUAUAUGGAGUCAUUUAGAGGAAAUGGCCGAGGUAGUUUUAUAGCUGGUUCAUCCGUACAUAACCAAUGCAUCGAAAGGCUGUGGGUUGAUCUUAAGCGCAUAUUAAAGAUUUACAUUAUUGCUUUUAAUUAUUUAGAGGAAAAUUGCGGUUUAGAUAUUGACAAUACUGUAUAUAUGUUCUGUUUACAUUAUGUAUAUAUUCCAAGAAUUAAUAAUACUUUAAAAUUAUUCGCGGAUGCAUGGAAUUUGCAUUCAAUCCGGACAGAACAUAAUUUGAAUCUGACACAACUUUUUACUCGAGGAAUGUUACAAUAUGGAAUAAGAGGGAUUGAAAAUAAUUUAGUAAGUAAUUUAGAAGAAUACGGCAUAUAUUGGGAUGGUCCUAUACCAACUAUUGAAUCUGACACAGUUACGGUUAACGAACCAACAAAUAUUUUAAAUGCCAAUCAAUCUUUAAAUUUAGCUUCUAGAAUUGACCCUUUACAAACAGAUGAAUGUUAUGGAAUUAAUGUUUAUUUGGAAUGUGUAUGUACCGUUGCUGAUAUAUUACAAAAUUCUUAAUUACAGUAGAAAAAAAUAAAUCUUAUGAUUAACAUUUAAAACUGUAUAAAUGAUUUAUUAUAUUGUUUUAAAGUUCACUAUGUAUUAUCGUGUACUGUUUUUUGUUUGUAUAAAUUGGCCUGCAAACUUUUUAAUUAAAUU